AAUCUGAAAUUUUUCUGUCAUUAUUCUGUACACAGAAUAAUUGUUUUCGUAGUUUUCAUAUUUCCAAAAUUUUUAUGGGUGUCAAGAUGAAUGUUUCUCUAUUUGAUACGAUACAACUACUAAAAUUUAUUUAAGCACGGAUGACAACUUCACAAUGUGUCACAUACUAUGACUCGUGAUGAAAGAAGGCAAAAGGCAGUUUAGCGAAGCAAACUACUGUCCACGGGAGAAAAAUAAUUUCGUUGCGAGACUUGAAGAAUCGGCACAUGAAAAAAACAAGACAUCUAGACAUCCGUCGAGAAUUUAUAGUUGGGGUCGACUCUUUGAUCCAAAAAUAGAAGUGUUAAUCUAGACAAAAUAGAAGAAGUAUAAAUUCUGAUUUCUCUAUGCAAAAGCAAGGGACUGGAGAAUUUAUCUUGAGUUAGUAGCCUAAUGGUCAUGAAUGCCUCACACUGGCCUUCUCCACCAACUUCAACAAUGCGCCAAGCGCCACCUCCCGACCCAAGGCAAGAAACUCCAUGCCCAAGUGAUCAAAUCCGGCCUAGACCACAAUGGCCUCCUUUAUCCCAACACCCUUAUUGAUAUGUAUGGAAAAUGUGGCUAUCAAAAUGACGCCCUCCAGCUGUUCGACAAAAUGCCCGAACGCGAUUUGGCCUCAUGGGCGUCAAUUUUCACUGCCCACAACCAAGCCAGCCUUUUUCAGAACACCCUAUCUCUGUUCUCCACCAAGUUUCUAAUUGAAGGCUUCCAACCGGACCAUUUUAUCUUUGCAAGUCUCGUUAAGGCUUGUGCUAAUUUGAGUGCCUUGAAACUAGGCCAGCAAGUGCAUGCCCAGUUUAUGGUGUCGCCGUUUUUGCAUGAUGACGUUGUAAAGUCGUCCCUGGUUUAUCUUUAUGCAAAAUGUGGACUGCCUGAUACUGCACAUAAAGUUUUUAAUUCCAUCUUGUCAAAAAAUGUGAUUUCUUGGACUAGCUUGAUAUAUGGCUAUGCGCGGGCAGAGAGGAAGAGUGAGGCUAUUGAGCUCUUACGCGGAAUGCCGGGGAAAAAUCUGUACUCUUGGACUGCUUUGAUAUCAGGGUUUGUGCAGAGUGGGCUUUUGGUUGAUGCGAUUAAUCUUUUUAUCGAGAUGAGAAGAGUAGGAGUUUAUAUCGAGGAUCCAUUUAUUCUUUCGAGUAUGAUUUGUGCUUCAGCUAGCUUAGCUAUGUUGGAUCUUGGGAAACAGGUUCACAGAGUAGUUAUAGGUUUUGGUUAUCAGUCUAGCUUGUUCAUCAGUAAUGCAUUGAUUGAUAUGUAUGCCAAGUGUAGUGAUGUAUUAGCGGCAGAGAAGAUUUUUUGUCAUAUGUCGAAGAGAGAUGUAGUUUCUUGGACCUCUAUAAUAGUUGGAAUGGCACAGCAUGGGCAAGCUGAUGAAGCAUUGUCACUGUAUGAUGAGAUGACUUCUGUUGGUUUGAAGCCAAAUGAAGUGACAUUUGUCGGGCUAAUUUAUGCCUGUAGUCAUGUUGGCCUAGUGAACAAAGGUCGCCAACUUUUCAAAUCUAUGGUGGACGAUUAUGGAUUGAACCCGUCUCUUCAGCAUUAUACGUGCUUGUUGGAUCUUUAUAGUAGAUCAGGAUACCUUGAAGAGGCUGAGAGCCUCCUUUACUCAAUGCCGUUCAAGCCUGACGAAGCUGCAUGGGCUGCUUUGUUGAGCUCUUCUAGGCGAGUUGGGAAAAGUGAAAUGGGAGUUAGAAUCGCAAAUCAUCUGCUGGAACUUGGACCAGAAGAUCCAUCAUCAUGUAUAUUGCUAUCUAAUACUUAUGCUGGUGCUGGUAUGUGGGAAAACGUAUCGAAAGUCAGAAAAUUUAUGCUUGCCAUGGAAGGGAGAAAGGAACCCGGUUACAGUUGUGUUAACUUGUCGAAGGAGAACCAAGUUUUCUAUUCCGGGGAGACGUCACAUCCUAUGAAGGAUGAAAUCUUUGAACUUCUCAAGGAGUUGGAUGCUGAGAUGAGGAGAAGAGGAUAUGUACCAGACACUAGUUCAGUUUUGCACGACAUGGGACAGCAAGAGAAGGAAAGACAACUCUUUUGGCAUAGCGAGAGACUGGCUAUUGCUUACGGGUUGCUUAAGUCUGUCCCUGGAACAACCAUACGGAUAGUUAAAAACCUGCGUGUUUGUGGAGACUGUCAUGUAGUUCUGAAGUUCAUCUGUAGCAUCAUGAAUCGGGAAAUCGUUGUUAGAGAUGCCAACAGAUUCCAUCAUUUUAAAGGCGGUGUUUGCUCUUGUCGCGACUUCUGGUGAUUGUGUGAUUUGGAGAAGAAAAUUAGAUGUGAGUUAAUUUUUUUUUUGAAUGUCAGUGUUGAUAUGUGGACCAUUAAAAGUUUUGAGGUAGUACAUCAAAAUAUGUUCAAAUUUGAGUACUUUAAUUGUUACAAUACAUUAAUUUCGA